AGCGAGGAGAAAGGAGAGCUGAAAAGUGGAGGGGAGGAGGAAGAGAGAGAGAGUACACUCGCUCACACUCUCUAUAGUCUACAGUAAAUUGGCACCUACUUGAGAGCGACCUCCCGCCUCCCAGUCCGAGCUUUCUUUUAUACCUCACUCUUCCCUGGCCAUUUCUCCUGCCACAUUUGUCGUCGUCCUCUCCGGCCGCUUCGUUCUCAGCAACGGCUGCACCGCCGUUGAGGUAGCUACUACCUCCUUCUCGCGGUAUGGCGAGGCGGGCGGGUGGCCCCAAAAAGAAGCUGAGAAGAGGCCUGUGGUCGCCGGAGGAGGACGACAAGCUGAUGAACCACAUUGCCAAGUAUGGCCACGGCUGCUGGAGUUCUGUCCCCAAGCUGGCAGGCCUUGAUAGGUGUGGAAAGAGCUGCAGGCUGAGGUGGAUCAACUACCUUAGGCCGGACCUCAAGAGGGGCGCAUUCUCACAGGAAGAGGAAGACCUCAUCAUCCAUCUCCACUCCAUGCUAGGCAACAAGUGGUCUCAGAUUGCGGCGCAGCUGCCGGGAAGAACAGACAACGAGGUCAAGAACUUCUGGAACUCGUACAUCAAGAAGAAGCUCCGCCAGCGCGGCAUCGACCCGGCCACCCACAAGCCGCUGGCCGAGGCCAGCAGCGGCCGCGCCGCCGCAGCCAGCCGCACGGCGGUGUUCAGUGACGCCGAGCUCAUCCUAUCGUCGACCGCGGGACAGCACAUGCCACCGCCCGUGACGGCGGAGAGCUACGUGUACAGCCGCAGUAGCACCGACGGCGGCGGGAGCGGGCACGCCUGCAGCGACGGAUCCCUGUCGCUGUCCGGGUACGACCAAACCGCGGACUUCGCUGCAUGCUACCUGGACCCGGACGCGCUGCAGUGUGGCCCCUCCGGUGUCCCGGCGGUCGUUCUCCCGUCGGUGUCGAGCUCCAGCACGCUGAACUCGAUGGCUGGCCUAAGCCCCGCGGCCACCACCACCACGGCUACCGACGAACAGGGCAACACCAACAGUGGCAACGGGUUCGAGUCGACGCAAAGCUGCAGCGCCACGGCCACCAACCACCUGCCGUGGCUGGAGCUGGGCACGAGCAGCUGCGGCGCCGCCGGUGUCGACCACUACGGCGCGGCGCUGGACGAGCUCAAGUGGUCCGACUACGUGUUCGACGGCUACGGCGGGGGCCAGUACCAGCAGGGCGCCAUCCCCGCGGGACAGUGCAUCUACGGCGACAGCAAGGACGCCGUGCAAUUCGUCGACGGGCACGGGCUCAGCACCAGCUGGUGCUUGAAUUGAGCCAGCGCAGACGGCGGCGAGCAAUUAACCACCGCGUGCCGAUCAGCUCAAGACUUAUAUACGUGUGCAUGUGCUUGUACGUACGAUUCAUAUAUAAUGUUUGGUGAGCUUGGUUUGUAAAUUUCUUCUCAAAAUCUUCUGGAUGGUCUAUCGGGCUUGCGUUGCGUGUUAAUUUGCCGGUUCGACAUGUAAAUUAAGUGCAUAUGGUGAUGGUGAUGACGAGACAGAAAGGUAUAUAGAUAUAUAUAUACAUACAUAUAUAAGAGGUUUUUAUAAAUUGCGUGGUUAAUUAAAUAAAGGGAUGGUGAUUGAUCAGUAA